AUGAACGCCGACGCGAUUCCCGACUUCCUGGCGGAGCAGCGUGACGAGGCACCCGAGGAACUCCAGCACCUUGUUCUGGAGUUCGAGAACUACUGGGAGCGGAAACUCUGGCACCAACUUACCGAUGCGCUUGGCCAGUUCUUCAGUCACCCUGGCAGCAAGCCUCAGCGGCUUUUGCUCUACAAGGUCUUCAUUCUCAAGUUCGCGGAUAAGAUCAAUCAGCUCAAGCUUGUCGACCUGGCUUUGAAGGCUGCUACAGAAUGCAAGGAUGACGAGGAGCGACUGGCAUUCCUUCAGGGUGUUGCGAAGAAGGUGGACAACGAGAAUUCACAAGAUGCUCUUGUUUACGCUUCCGUUGCUGUAGCCAGGGUAAAACUGGAUCUGGAAGAUAUGGAUGGGGCCCGCAAGGACCUCGACACGGCCGAGAGAAUAUUGGACAAUUUCGACUCAGUCGAAACCAUCGUUCAUGCAGCGUUCUACGAUGCGAACGCUAAUUACUAUCAGCGUAAGAUGGACUUCGCAGCCUACUACCGCAACGCCCUACUCUACCUCGCCUGCAUCGACAUCAAUUCUCUCACACCGCAGGAGCGCCACAGACGAGCAUUGCACCUCAGCAUUGCCGCGCUGGUCUCCGACACCAUCUACAACUUUGGCGAGCUGCUUCUGCACCCGAUCCUCGACGCGCUCAAGGGCACCCAGGACGAAUGGUUCCGAGACCUGCUUUUCGCCUUUAACCGCGGUGACCUCCAGGGCUUCGAGGCCCUCUCGGCCCGCAUGCGUUCCAAGCCCCUGCUCAGCGAGAACGCUGGUCAUUUACGUCAGAAGAUUUACCUUGCGGCGCUCACAGAGGCUGUCUUCCGCCGGCCGCCCCACGACCGUGCCAUGUCCUUUACCGACAUCGCCCAGGAGACCAAGGUGCGCCCCAACGAGAUCGAGCACCUUAUCAUGAAGGCGCUGAGCUUGGGUCUCUUGCGUGGAAAUAUCGAUCAGGUGGACGAGGUUGCACACAUUACCUGGGUUCAGCCCAAGGUGCUCGACAUGAAGCAGAUUGGUAAUAUGCGUCAGCGGCUGCUCGACUGGGAUUCGCAGGUCAAUCAGCUCGGCAAUUGGAUCGAGAACGCAGGAGGAGAUGUAUGGGCUGCUUGA